AUGUCCAUUGAUCCUCGUGUUGCCGCAAUUCAUGACUGGCAGGUUGCCAAUGGAUCGCUACUCAAGCGUAUCACAGGAGAGAACGCCGAGGCCUAUCCUGUCAACGUUGCACUGAAACCAUCUCACUUCCCCAGGGCCUGCUUCGUCCAUGCGCAAGAAUUACAAACCAUCUUCAAUCGUCUCUAUGCUGCCGUCUCGUCCGACGAAGCCUGGCUCGAGAAGGCUCUUUCUAAUCUACUGCAGACAGAUACCCUAGCCAGAAGACUUUGGGACAUCCAUAAAGAGGCUAAGCGGGAUGGCCUGGUGCAGCCAAUAUCUAUGGGCGUCUUCCGUUCUGAUUACAUGGUACAAGAUGCAGCUACUCCUAACGAUAGGCAAAUCAUCAAACAGGUCGAAUUCAAUACCUUCUCUGUGGCUGGCGGCGUGCACGCGAACAAAAUCUCUGAUAUGCACCGAUUAUUCGAGCGGAUAGGCAGCCCACCAUCAACCGAUUUAAUGCCACUCAACGACACAAAAGACUCAAUCGUAGCAGCAUUUGAGAGAGCUCACCGCCUCUAUGCCAGAGAGAAUGGCGGUGAUCGACGACUUGCCGUAAUGAUGGUGGUGCAGCCGAACAAUUUCAACGUCUGCGAUGAAUGUCCGAUUGUGUACGGAUUAUGGUAUAGGGGCAUCCCAUGCUAUCGUGUUGAAUGGGGUGAUCAGCUUGAAACAUCUGUCAGCUAUGGCUCAUCAUCAAAAGAACUCCUGUUGCGUCUUCUGGACGGCGAAAGCAUGGAAAUCUCCAUUGUUUAUUACCGAGCCGGGUACGAAGAGAAAGAGUAUGAUCAAUUUGGCUGCGAAAUUCGCUGCAUUAUCGAGCAGUCUCGAGCGAUCAAGUGCCCAUCGAUCCUAGGUCAUUUGAGCACAAUGAAAGUCAUCCAGCAAAAGUUGUCCGAGCGGCAACAUCUUGAACACUUCCUCAACCCAGAAGAUGCUGAGAAAGUCCUCGCUGUGUGUUGCGAAAUGUUUCCUAUGGAUACCUCAGAAAUGGGCAUGAAAGCUCGUUCGCUGGCCCUGGACAGGUCUACAGCGCCAGCAUAUGUUCUGAAGCCAUCUCUGGAGGGCGGAGGUAAUAACGUCUAUGGUAACGACAUCCCUGGUUAUCUGGGAUUUGAAGAUGAGGAAUCGUGGAGCAAUUACAUCCUAAUGGCAAAGAUCCAACCACCAAAGGACGUCACUAAUACCCUUCUAUCAUGCAAGGAGGGAGUUUAUGAAGGUGGCAUUGUGAGCGAGCUAGGCAUAUUUGGAGCGUGUGUUUGGAAAACACUCCCGCAAGACCAGGAUGAGAGAGCGGGUCCGCCUGUUCAAAUACUUGAAGAUGAAACAAUUGGUUUCUCUCUUAAGUCGAAGAGGUGGGAUGUGGACGAAAUGAGCGUUGUGAAAGGAUAUGGCUGCUUCGAUAGCCCGAAAUUAGUGCCAUAG